AUGUGGUCAUCCUCUCUUCGCCGUCUUGCAUCCGACCACGCCUCAUUACGGCGGUCUGGCCUCCCACCACGCUACCUCUUCCCUCCGAAUCAAGAGACCUCAAUUCUUCCGGACGACCUGACACAACUUACAGUCCUCUUGACUGGAGCGCAAGACACCCCGUAUGCCCAAGGACUAUGGCAGCUCCAGCUACGAAUGCCAAAUGAUUAUCCAAAGGACCCCCCAAGAGCUACAUUCAAGACACGUCUGUGGCAUCCGAAUGUGGAGGAAUCCACAGGCGCUGUUUGUCUAGAAACGUUGAAGAGGGACUGGGACCCGAAGCUGACGUUAAGAGACAUUCUGCUUACAAUUUCGUGUCUCCUCAUUCAUCCGAACCCUGACUCUGCCCUCAAUUCAGCCGCGGGAUCACUGCUGCAAGAUGACUACGGAGCUUUUGCGGAGCAGGCAAGGCUCAUGACUUCCAUACAUGCGCGCAUACCUGCCCAUCUGCGUCACGCAGUUGAUGCUGCAAGAAGGCGAGGAGAAGAGAAAGAUCGGUUAAGUGAUCAUGCAGAAAAGGAAGCCACCCCGGCAGCCUUGAAGUUGAAAUCGCAUCCAGUGUCUUCGCUUUUACAAAGGGUUCCAUCUACUCACCCGCAGCCUUAUGCGUUAUCUCCAAUCCGCCAACCAGUGGAUAGCGAGAGUUACGAGUUGUCAGAGGACGAGGAAGAUCAUGAUCCAUGCAAAGAGAAUGAUCCAUCUCAAAUCCCUUCUCCAGUCAUAGAGAGUCCUCGAAGUCCGCGCAAGAACGUCCUGGGAAAGCGUCCUCUCUCUGAGCUCCCAACCCCAACGGAUCUGGAGGAAGGUAUGACAGAGUCGGAGAAGAACAUUGCGGUGAAUCAGGACAGCCAGAGUUGCGCUGCUUCUUCUUUCGGUCCUCCUAAGAAGUCGCCCAGGCUAGCAGUGACAUUGGCCGUCGCGAAUAUCUCUAGUAGAAGGAGAGAGGGAGCAGUUGAUGAACUUUGCGCACCUGACCCUCGUGUGAAUAAUGUUCCUUCUGGUGCGGACGACGAAAAAGAAAACCUCGAGGCCAUAGACACCAAGAAUGCCUCCGAAAUGACGAAGAUCCCAAAUCGAGGCCCGAUCUCAGAUACAGCAACUAUUCGACCUACGCUGCGAAAAGUCUCCAACCUGGGUUCGAUUAAGGCCAGAGCACAGCCUCGCGUAGGACUCCGCAGGCUAUAA